AUGGAUGAAAUGCACACUCUGUAUUCUUCCCUGAAGAGACUGUUAUCUUUCUUCAAUGACUUCAGAGUUAUGUCUGGUUUGAUCCUCAUAGAUGGCCUGGGCAUCUAUGUCAAAUUCAGAGAGGCUGUCCUGGCAAGGGUCCUUGGGCUAUCCUCUGCAUAUCUCCUUAACACUGACUGUCUGUGCCCAGCAGUGGGCUGCCUCACGGUGCUUCUCGGCUUUGUUGGGUGGUAUGGAGCAACCAGAGAAAAUAGGGGCACUCUCUUGUUUUGUCUCCUGUCCACAGUUACUAUUCUCAUUGUUGAAAUCAUAGUUGUCGCCGUGGUCCUUGCCCUAUUCCACAUUGUUCCACAUUGGGGGCACCUUGCUGUUUUGUGGGCCCACAACGAUGAGCCAGAUGACUGUUCCACAGAAUGGGACUUGGUCAUGGAGAAGUGGAAGUGCCGUGGGGAGAAGAACUACACAGAUCUUUCCGUCUUCUCCUUUGAAAUGACAACUGAUGGUUACUCCUGCCCCAGGAGCCGUGGUAAAGCCAUCAGGACCACAGCCUGUGACGGGCACAACGCGUCCACAGACAUCACCCACCAGGAGACAAUAACCCAGACUCAGAGCUUCAGCUGGAGUGGGGGCUUACUGGAGGCAGCAGUGAUACAGCUGCCAGGAAUUCUGCCACGUCACUGCUAUUUAUCAAACGAGGCUGACAGAGCUGGGGGAUGGCGGGACACCUGA